ACAAUCGUUGAGGAGGAAGAGGCAGUUAAUGAUGAACCGGGAGUUGAAUUAUCCACACUUGCUUCACCAUCCUCAAAUAUUGGAAAUAGACAGAAUUUUGAACUUUUGAAUCCACCGCGGGAAGUCUCACCUUUAGACCAAAGUGUGUCUAUGCCGGAUGAAUCUCUAUCCCCAAAUUCAAUCCCAGGACCUUCAACUAUACAAAAUGGAGAAAAUAAGGAACAUCCUCUUGAAGAAAAUAUAUUACAGCUGUUAGGAGAUGCUCCGCAAUCAGAUGUUGUCCUGGGAAAAGAAAUUCAUAAAGAAAUUGCGGGUAGAUGGCAAGAAAUUUUGAAGAAUGGCCUAUCUAAAGAAAUAAAGGACAAGCUCACAGGACAGUAUUUAAUUCCCGCAAACUGUAACCUCCUAUUAGCACCAAUAUUAAAUCCUGAAGCCAAAGCAGCAGUUCCCGACAUAAUUGCUAAAAGAGACACAACCAUGUUUCAAAAACAAAAUCAAAUCGGCAUUGCAUUAGCCGCAUUAUCAACAGUGAUGGAAUUAGUAAUCUCCAAUGAAACCUCGAAGCAAAAGCUUCUGCAACCGUUAAGUGAUGAUUGUCGAAUUCUUUGUGAUAGCCACAACGCCGAGACCAAAACGCGCCGUGGCAUUUUCCUGAAUGCAAUCAACACUGGAUUACGGGAAACACUUGCGAGUACCAAUAGAGAUAAAUAUUUAUUUGGCGAAGAUGUCUCAGAAAAAUUAAAGAUUGCCAAAAAUGUUCAAAAAACUGGAGAGUCCCUUCAAAAGGUGACUCCAAAGCCAAACACCAAAAACGCUCCUCAGUAUAAGAACAAGAAUUAUUUAAACUCCAAGGGCAAUCUUCGCAAACAGAGUAGAGAGUUAUCCAAGACCGCAACUCCAGCUCGCGGCUCGCACCACCCUCCACCAGCAACGUGUUCUCGAUCACCGAACCGCCGACACUUCACAUCGACGAUAAAUCAUCAGGUCACCACACAACCUCCACCGGACACUAACAUUGGUUGCCGCGAAAUUAUGCGGCAAGCUCUACUGAAGAGGUGCCUGUCUCCGAGAUCCGUAGAUAUAAUGUUAGCGUCUUUGUCUUCCCAAACUUACAAGCAAUAUGAUGUCUGUGUAAAAGCUUGGUUAAAUUAUUGUAAAAUACAUUAUAGUAAACCACCGUACAUCUGACCUUCCCACUCGGGCCUCCCGCGGUCGGUUGCCGACGCGAUAUAGAGAAUAGCAAUCUCUUUCAAACACCUGCGCGCGCAUCGCGUGAUACAUCGCGCAUGCGCACUACGUCAUAUAGCGCGCCGUUUGCCCCGACGCCUCUGUGCUCGGCAGUCAGCCAUUAACCGGCAAACUAUUCACAUCUUCCGCGUACCUACACUGAUGUGCCGCGAUCCGCGCGCUUCCAUAUCUAUCGCGACUUUAAUAAUUUUAAGGGAUUUUUCCGAACCCUUCUGUAUUUGUAACCUCCUGUGUGUGUGUGACAGACAAUACAUUUUAUAUGAGACUACCUCGUUUUCUUACACCCCUGAAACCCUUCUCAUAACAUAAUUAUUAAUAUACCCGAUCUUCAAUACCAAUUGUUAUACACUUUUUAACUGACACCUUCGAUAAAGGUGCAAAAUAUGGAACCAUUAAUUCGUAUAAAUCGGCUUUAUCGUUAAUAUUAGAAAAUAGUUUAGAUGAUGAUAGAAUUAAGCGCUUUAUGAAGGGUGUUUUAAGAUUGAGACCAUCUGGUCCCAAAUAUAAUAUAACCUGGGACACUAAUGUAGUAUUAAAUAACUUAGCUAGAAAAUGGCCAAAUGAAGAACUGGAUCUUAAAACUCUCCAAAAAGACAGUCACAUUAAUUGCCCUUGUCACUGCACACCGUGUACAAACUCUCUCUUUAAUAAAGAUGCCAAAUAUUGUUGUUAAUCCCAAUGAAAUAGUCAUAAAGAUUCCAGACAGAAUUAAAACCACCCAUGUAAAUCCUUUCUAACCUCUUUUAAAACUCCCAUUUUACAAUUUACGUCCAGAAAUUUGUCCGGCUAGAUGUCUUCAAACAUAUAUUGAUAGAACUAUUCAAUCUAGAAAUAACGACAGCUUAUUUAUUAGCUAUAAAAAACCAUUUUCUAAAGUUAACUCUCAAACAUUAAGUCGUUGGAUUAAAGAUACUUUAAAGGACAGCGGAUUAGACACAACAAUAUUUAGCGCUCAUAGUACACGGCAUGCAGCCACAUCAAAAGCUAAUCGAUUAGGAGUAAGCAUAGAUGUAAUCAAAAAAACUGCAGGAUGGUCUGAUUCUUCGUCAGUUUUUGCAAAAUUUUAUAACAAAGAAAUUUGUACUGAAAAUAAUUUUGCUCAAUCUCUAUUAAAGUGUCAUGAAUAAAUGAAAGGUGAUUAUAU